AUGGACACCCCAGCCAAUGUGUUCCUUUAUCUCUCAGACUUACUGGAGAUAGCAUAUGGAACCAUCUCCGCGGUAACAUGCGCGCAGCUCAAAGACGACACAAAGCCCUGCCUCAAUAAAAUUGCAAACGCCAACCUCGAACGUCUGAAAGAAUCUUUUGGUGAUUUGUUUACCAUCCUUAACGACACUGAGAACAGCUUGCACGACAAAGAUGGUGGAUUCAAUGCGGUCCUCGGGCGAUUGAUCAAGACCUGUCUUUGCCGGCAGCGUCACUGCCAAAAUUCCGAGGAAGCCAAGAGCCAAUGGUUAAAGGAGCUGUACAACGAUGAAAAGAGACAUCAACUGCGUUGCAAGCUGCAAAUUUAUCUCGUCGAGCGCUUAGAAGAUGAAUCGAUCAUUUCUAUUUCUGUUCCACCGCCAGGAACAGACUUCGAACUCUGCUCCAAAACAUCACCAAGCGGCAAAGCCGGCGUACAAUUCAAGGUGACUGGUAAAUUGCUCGAGCCCCUUGGAAAAAUCGACAGAAACCCUGGGCACAUCUAUCUCAUCUCUCACCCUCGAGAACCACAAAUGUUCAAAAUCGGAUAUACCACAAAGCCUGAGCGGCGAUUUGGCGAACACAGACGGUGCUAUGAAGAGUUCAGCGAAGUGGCGAGUGAUUACAUACCCUAUGUCCGUCGGAUUGAGCAACUUAUCAUCGCCGAAUUUUCCCUGAAGCAUUACCGGCUCAAGGAAAAAUGCAAUCGAUGUGAUAAGAGUCAUAAGGAAUGGCUCCAAGUCAACAGAGAAACGCUAUUGAAGAGUUUCGACAAGUGGGUUAAAUUCGCUAAAGCCCAUAGGUCACCUUAUAACGAGGAAGGCAACUUUAAGACCAAGACUGUCGCGCUACCACCCCCUUGUAUGGAUUUCAAGACCCCAAGUCCGCCUCCAAUGAAAAAAGGUUCACGUCGAAAAUCAGGUGGAGCCCCACCGCAGGAGUCGACACCUUCUAAGCCGGCCCCUGUCAAGUCUGAUAUAAGGAUUAUUGACGAAGAGAUCUCCGAAUCGAACUCCGACGACCCUGAUUACGGGUUUAAAGAAGAUCACUCAAGGGUUUUGCGUCUCUCUGCCCGCCUUGCUGCUGCUCGCAUAGAAUAA